AGGCUUUCGAAUUUGACAGUUCUUUCUUGUUAAAAAUUUGUGUCCAACAUGGUGAGUUUUAGUAAAAGUGUAUGAUGGAAAAUCCGAAAUAAUCGCAAAGUCAAGUGAAUAUUUUGGAAAUGUGACUAUUUCGUCGUUUGCUUUAUUUUUUAUAAUAUAUACUCUGAGUAUGAUUUCCAAUGAAUCUUUUUGGUGACAGUAAAAUUACCACUUACAUUAUCUACUUGGAAUACUUAUUUAUACCAAAACAUAUUCAUUGCUAUGUUUUAGAAUAAAGCUUAGCUUUUAAAAACUUGAGGAAAGGCACGAGGACCUAAAAAGCAUUUGAAGCGUUUAAACGCUCCUAAAGCAUGGAUGUUGGACAAACUGGGUGGCGUGUACGCGCCGCGGCCGUCGACCGGCCCCCACAAGUUGCGCGAGUGCCUGCCGCUGGUGAUCUUCCUCAGGAACCGGCUCAAGUACGCGCUCACCGGAAAUGAAGUGCUUAAGAUUGUAAAGCAGCGACUUAUCAAAGUUGACGGCAAAGUCAGGACAGACCCCACAUAUCCCGCUGGAUUUAUGGAUGUUGUUUCCAUUGAAAAGACAAAUGAGCUGUUCCGUCUUAUAUAUGAUGUCAAAGGCAGAUUUACUAUUCACCGUAUUACUCCUGAGGAGGCUAAAUACAAGCUGUGCAAGGUGCGGCGCGUGGCGACGGGCCCCAAGAACGUGCCUUACCUGGUGACCCACGACGGACGCACCGUGCGAUACCCCGACCCACUCAUCAAGGUCAACGACUCCAUCCAGCUCGACAUCGCCACCUCCAAGAUCAUGGACUUCAUCAAGUUUGAAUCUGGUAAUCUAUGUAUGAUCACGGGAGGCCGUAACUUGGGGCGCGUGGGCACCAUCGUGUCCCGCGAGCGGCAUCCCGGGUCCUUCGACAUCGUGCAUAUACGGGACUCCACCGGACAUACCUUCGCUACCAGAUUGAACAACGUGUUCAUAAUCGGCAAGGGCACGAAGGCGUACAUCUCGCUGCCGCGCGGCAAGGGCGUGCGACUCACCAUCGCCGAGGAGCGCGACAAGCGCAUCGCUGCCAAGGUGCAGGGGCAGUAACCUCAACAAUAAAUACAUAACCCAAAUCACACGGACUUUCAUUCACCCCACUACCUGUCUCAUCAUCAUCAUCAUCAGCCUUUUAAUGUCCCUGCUGGGGUACAGGCCUGAACCUAUAGAUGGAAUAGGGAGACCCCCCCUCCCCCGCGGGCCCAGAGCGGAUUAGCGGGUGAUAACGACUGCAAAUGCAGCCGGGACCAACGGCUCAACGUGCCUUCCGAAGCACGGAGGAAGUCGAGGUAGACGAUUUUUGGUCACCCAUCCGAUGACCGACCACUGUGAAAGUUGCUUAACUUUAACGAUCGCAGCCGAAAGCGCUAAAUACCGCCAUCGAGCUCCUCGCCUACCUGUCUAGUGUCUUUUAUACUAUGCAGCAAUGCAAUGCUGAAUAAUUCCUUCAAGGUUACAAAAUGUCUAAUUCCACAAUAUAGGGUUUUUAGGGCGCAAGUAAAGGCUGAU